UGGGUUUUGACGCGCGUGUCCGUGGUAUACAAACUCCAUGGCCUCGGGAACUCGCCUGCAAUCAGUUGUAUCGCGCAGAAACGUGUGGUCUUAACUUUACUCUGCCGCUGCGCUAUCCAACGGCGCGCUCAGUAUUGGUUGCACGCAGGAGGCCACGCGGCCACACGGCGGGGUAAUGAAUGUGGAUCUAUCCGCCCUGUUCCGUUUUGCCACUCUGAUCGGCGGGCAUUUUCCAGCGGCGACGCUGCCGGUCCCUGUAGUCAGGACCGCGUGAAAAUACGCGUGAAAAGUACAACUGUCUCCCGACAGAAUGCGGUCUCUUUUCGGCAUCCUGUGUCCGCUCUUUUCCCUCGUCAUCUUCGGAUUAUAUCCUUCAAUGACAAUCGGACCAAAGGAGGGUUGGCAGGUGUACAGCUCAGCGCAGGAUGCAGACGGCCGGUGUAUUUGCACUGUUGUGGCACCAGAGCAGAACCUCUGUUCCAGAGAUGCCAAGAGCAAACAGCUACGCCAGCUACUGGAGAAGGUGCAAAACAUGUCACAGUCCAUCGAGGUGCUGAACCUGCGCACACAGAGGGACUUCCAGUAUGUCAUGAAGAUGGAAAACCAGAUGAAGGGGCUCAGGAGCAAAUUCAGACAAAUUGAGGAAGAUCGCAAAACUAUUAUGGCCAGGAACUUCAAGGAGCUGAAGGACAGAAUGGAUGAACUACAGCCCCUGAUCCCUGUGUUGGAGCAGUACAAAACAGACGCUAAGCUAAUCUCCCAGUUCAAAGAAGAGAUCCGGAAUCUGUCGUCUGUACUGACGGGGAUCCAGGAGGAGCUGGGUGCCUACGAUUACGAGCAGCUCUACCAGAGAGUCAUCAGUCUCGACAGCCGUCUCCGCAACUGCAUGAGCAAGCUCACGUGUGGGAAAUUAAUGAAAAUCACAGGACCCGUGACUGUAAAGACAUCAGGGACCCGGUUUGGCGCAUGGAUGACUGAUCCAAUGGCAUCUCCAAGAAACAAUAGAGUGUGGUACAUGGAUACCUACACCAACAGCAAGGUGGUACGCGAAUAUAAGUCUAUGGCAGACUUUGUCUCUGGCCUGGAGUCACGAACCUACUACCUUCCCUUCAAAUGGGCUGGAACUAAUCAUGUGGUGUACAAUGGCUCCCUGUACUACAACAAAGAGCAGAGCAACAUUAUCGUGAAGUACAGCUUUGAGACGGGGCGGGUUCUGGCGCAGAGAGCACUCGAGUAUGCCGGUUUCCACAAUGUCUACCCCUACACCUGGGGCGGCUUCUCAGAUAUCGACCUGAUGGCCGAUGAGCUGGGCCUCUGGGCCGUCUAUGCCACCAACCAGAAUGCAGGGAACAUUGUGAUCUCGCAGUUGGAGCCCCAGACCCUGGAGGUGCUGCAUACGUGGAACACGGAGUACUCCAAGCGCAACGCCGGUGAGUCCUUCAUGAUCUGUGGCACGCUCUACAUCACCAACUCCCACCUAACUGGUGCCAAGGUUUACUACUCCUACAACACCAAGAUGUCCAGCUAUGAGUACACGGACAUUCCCUUCCACAACCAGUACUUUCACAUCUCCAUGCUCGACUACAACGCCAGAGAGAGGGCACUGUAUGCCUGGAACAACGGUCACCAGGUCAUAUUCAAUGUCACACUGUACCACGUUAUCAAAACAGAGGACGACUCAUAAACAUGCAGUAGAGAAGAGCGAGGGGUCUUGCCAGGUAGAACAUGAUAAGGUACUGUAUUUUUUUUCCCUCUUGUUUUUUUUCUUUUCCAAAGUAGACUACACAUAGGACUAAACAUAGCCUUUGCAUUGACAUGACAGUGUGAUCAACUGAGGUCACAGCCUUUUCAAUUUGGUGAGGAAGCUGCACAAACCGAUAAAAGGAACAAUGACUUCAGCACUGACUCAUGAACUGAUUUUAGUGUGAACUGAACAAUGGCAAACUUUUGUUUCUCUACUCAGAGUACCAUGCCUUACCUCGCAGCAUUUCAUUCUGUGCAAUCAAGAGGUUUCUAAAAGCAUUUUUUGCAUGAAUGUUCAGAUUUUUUAUUUAUAUUUAUUACUGUCUUAGUCUGUUACAAACCCAUUUUUUCUUAUGUUUUAUGGUUGUAUUGUGCUUUCAGUCCUUUUCCAGUCUUAUGAGGCAAGUUUCUGCUUAGUUGUUAAGCUCUAUAAAGCUUUGUGACGUUCCUCUAAAUAUGAACCUAAUAUGAAUGAUUGUAAUAUUUGUCAUGUCUGUCAGAAUAAAUAUUUUAUA